AUGGCAGAUGUUGCAUGGUCCCCCGACAACACAGAGUCCAGGCUGGACCGCACUUUUGAUGAUUUCUGGUGCAAGUUGGAAAGCAAGCUGCAGCAACCGGUCGCAAAGCAGCCGUGUGAUCACUCACCUCACAGGCAAAGCCUUACUCCGCAACAGAAGCUGGCUACACCGGCAGUGAGACGAGCCCCAACAUGUCGGCAGAGCGGGAAGUGCUCCUCACUCCUGCAAACAGCGGCACCAAAACAAGAACUGUUGAGAUCUGGCACUGGGACUCUCAACCUAUCAGGGGACCUUGUGGAAGACCUACUCAUGAGGACUGUCUCCCUGACAAUGCCUUCCAGGUCACAGCUGGGCACGGCUAUAUGCAUCACUUUGCUGCUCCUGCAGCCUCUGCCUGGGCCCACAGGUUUGAUGACUGCGGCGCCGGCAGGUGGCUAUGACAAGCCCCAGAGAGGCAUCGGUUGA